AUGAUGAUUUUGCUCUUCCUCCUCCUGGCAGGGUGCAUCUUCAGUCUGGGAACUGGACUAUGGGUGAUCUAUGAACAUUUCUUUACUACAGAUGUCCCUGCUGCCAUUGGCCACACAAUGAAGCUCCGCAUCCUACACUGUACCUUUCUACUGGCGAUAAAUUGGGGGAAGAUUUGUGAGAAGCUGGGAAUCUGCUCAAUGCCAAAAUUUGUCCGCUUUUUACUGCAAAGAAUUCCAAUCAAGAAGGACCCAAAGCUCAUGGUAAAGAACCUAUGCUUUGGGACAGUACCUGUGAGGUUGUAUCAGCCAAAGGCAAUGUCUGCAAGCCUCCGGAAAGGAAUUAUCUUCUUCCAUGGAGGUGGCAUGAUAAUUGGGAGCCUGGAUGACUACAAUAGCUUUUGCUGCUACUUGUCCAGGGACACUGACUCAGUGGUUCUGUCAGUUAGUUACCGUUUGGCUCCUGAGCACAAGACCCUUUCUGCAUUGAAUGACUGCAUGGCUGCUUCCAUUCACUUUCUGAGAACCCUGGAAACCUAUGGUGUAGAUCCUUUUCAUGUCAUCCUCUGUGGAGACAGUUGUGGAGGGGCACUUGUGGCUUCUGUUUGCCAAAGCCUCAUGACUCAACCAGAUCUCCCCAAAAUAAGAGCUCAGAUUCUGAUCUAUCCCUUUCUCCAGGGAUUUAAUUUCCAGCUGCCUUCCUACCAACAGAACAAAAACGUCCUAUUCCUCACUCGGAACUUCGUCUUUUCCUGUAUGUUUCAAUGUUUUGAUAUCAACCCCUCUUGGAAAACUGCUAUCCUCAAUGGCGCCCAUCUGCCCCCUGAGAUGCGAGAGAAGUCUGAGGAAAGGCUGAAUGUCCACAACAUACCUAAGAAGUUCAAAGAGAAAGGCUACCAACACAUGUCACCUGGCCCGUUUAAUGAGGAUGCCUACCAGGAAAACAAACACAUCUUAUGGACAAUGAAUUCACCCUUAAUGGCUGAAAAUGACAUCAUUGCCCAACUCCCAGAGACCUUGCUUGUGAGCUGUGAGUUUGAUGUCCUACGGGAUGAUGCACUGUUGUACAAGAAGAGGUUGGAGGACCAAGGGGUACCAGUGAGCUGGCACCAUAUUGAAGAUGGUUUUCAUGGAGUGCUCCUUACCUUUGACAAAAAGUACUUUUGUUUCCCCUGCUCCUUAAAAAUUCUGGAUAGUAUUGUCCAUUUUAUAAAGAACCUAUAA